AUGGAGGUGUCUGCAGUGCAAAACAUCUUGGAUUCUGUACAACUGAAGUACCAAUCUUACGGCACCUCUCAAAAAGUAGUUGAGUUUCAAGCGUUUUUCAAUGACCAAAUCUCUAAUGAUUUCAAUACUCUCUUCAAGAAUCUUCCUUUGGAUAGGCAAUAUUUUGUUGCUGCCGUGCCUGGUGCUUUUCAAGGUCGAUUGUUUCCCAAAAGUUCUCUCCAUUUCGUCCACUCUUCAUAUGCAAUUCAUUGGCUUUCAAAAGUUCCAAAAGAUUUGCUAGACAAGGAUUCACCGGCAUACAACAAGGGGAAGGUUUAUUACACAAAUGCCCCAAAAGAAGUUUUUGAGGCCUACUCAACUCAAUUUGCUAAGGACAUCACAUCUUUUCUGAAUGCCAGAGCGCAAGAGGUUGUCCAUGGAGGGCUCAUGGCCCUUCUGUUACCGAGCCUUCAGGAUGGGGUUCCUUGUUCACCAUGCAAUUAUGACGCCGUUUUUGAUUUGCUUGGAGCCACCCUCAUGGACAUGGUCAAAGAGGGAUUAGUUAGUGAAGCAAAGGUGGACACCUUCAACUUGCCCUUGUACAUUGCAAUUCCACAAGAAUUGAAGGUGUUGAUAGACAAAAAUGCUUGUUUUAGCAUAGAGAGAAUGGAAACCACAGUCUGCAGUUGA